AUGCUGCAAAUGGGAGAUGAAGAGAACAUGACAGAUUUCUCUGGGAAAUUGUCUCAUCUUGUCACUCAGAUCAGAAAUCUGGGCGAAAAAGUGGAAGAAGGCGCAGUGGUAGCAAAGCUUCCCAGAGCAACUCCAAAAUUUGAUCCACUCACAACAUCUCUUGAGCAAUUCGGAGAUAUCGACACAAUGCCUUUUGAAGAAGCUGUGGGAUCUCUUAAGAUCUAUGAAGAUAAACUCAGAAAUCGGUAAGAGCAAAAAGAAGAACAAGCUCUUUUCGCUCAUGGGACUAAGAAAACAAAGGGUGGAAAUCCUCAGAGGACGUGGCCGAGGCAGAGGACGAAGCAAUGGGAGAGGCUCGGAUGAAAACUAGAAGCCUCGUGACAAAUCCACAGUGAAAUGCUUCAAUUGUGAUAAAAUGGGGCAUCAUGCCUUUGAAUGCUAUGCAGAGAUAAAGGAAGAGAAAGCUCACCUCGCAAAGACCGAAGAGAAGACUGAGUCAACGCUUUUAAUGGCCACAAUUGAAGAAGUCCUGUUACAAGGCACAAUGAAAGCUCAGAUUGGAGAAGGAAUGUGA